AUGCAGCCGUCCCUCCUGCGCUCGAGCGCCAGCUACAUCGUCGCCGCCAAGCGCACGCCCUUCGGCGCGUUCGGCGGCAAGCUCUCGGCGCUCACCGCCUCGCAGCUCGGCGGCCACGCCAGCAAGGCGGCGCUCGCCGAGCUGCCCGCCGGCACGCGCGUCGAUGCGACCAUCUUCGGCAACGUGCAUGCCUCGGACAACGCCGCCGCCUACCUGGCGCGCCACGUCGGCCACCACGCCGGCCUGCCCGUCACCGUGCCGGCGCUGACGGUGAACCGCCUCUGCGGCUCGGGCUUCCAGAGCAUCAUCAACGCCGUGCACGAGAUCAAGGCCGGCGACGCCAACGUGAUUGUCACUGGCGGCACUGAGAGCAUGAGCCAGGCGCCCUACACGCUCAGCGGCGUGCGCUUCGGCGGCGGCAAGUACGGCGUCGACCUCAAGCUCGUCGACUCGCUCGCCGCCGCGCUCACCGACAUGGUGCCCACGCCGACGCCCAUGGGCAUCACUGCCGAGAACCUGGCUGUCAAGUACGGCAUCACGCGCGAGCAGUGCGACGCCUACGCGCUGCAGUCGCAGCAGCGGUGGCAGGCCGCCAACAAGGCGGGCGCGUUCGCCGACGAGAUCUCGCCUGUUGAGGUGAAGGUCAAGCGGGUGAGUAGAGGCUCGGCGCUGUGCGGCAGCUAUAGGCCUGCAAGCGCUGAUCGCCUGGCGCAGGCGAUGGAGACGUUCAGCGUCGACGAGCACCCGCGCGGCCAGACGACGGCCGAGUCGCUCGCCAAGCUGCCCUCAGUGUUCAAGAAGGAGGGCACUGUUACCGCCGGCAAUGCCAGUGGCAUCUGUGACGGCGCCGCCGCCAACGUUGUGGCGUCCGAGGCGGCCGUGCAGGAGUUCGGCCUCAAGCCGCUCGCGCGCAUCGUCAGCUACGGCGUCACGGCCUGCGAGCCAUCGAUCAUGGGCAUCGGCCCGGUGGAGGCCAUCAAGCUGGCGCUCAAGCGCGCUGGCCUGCAGCUGAGCGACAUUGACGGCCCGAUCGAGGUCAACGAGGCGUUCGCAGCGCAGUUCCUGGCCGUGCAGAAGGAGCUCGGCCUGCCCGACGAGCAGACGAACCAGUUCGGUGGCGCCAUCGCUCUCGGCCACCCGCUCGGCGCAUCUGGCGCACGCAUCAUGGCCAACCUGACGCACAACGUGCGCCGCCUCAACAAGCGCUACGCCCUCGGUGCCGCGUGCAUUGGCGGCGGCCAGGGCAUUGCGAUCAUCAUCGAGGCAUGCGCAUGA